CUGGACACGGAAGUGGUGGCGGCGCCUCGACGCGGGCGGAGGCAAUGACCGCGACGCCUCAGAUGAGGACGGAGCGCCGUGGGGAGGGUAGGGGUUGCAGAGAGGCCUCCACCUUUUAGGACCCGCGCGAGGUGCAGGGAUGGCUGGGCCUCCCCUCUCCGCUUCCGCGAGUGCCCGGAGUGACGGCGACGGUGAUGGUGGCGGUUACUCGACAGCCCCCGGGAGAUAACAUCCAGAAAAUGCCCAGAAGAAACUUCCUGCUGGAAAAACUGAAAAAGAAGUAUUUGUAACACUGGAAUUUGUGGAUAAUUUGUCAAAAUGGCAGAAAAUAAUGAAAAUUAUAGUAAAAAUGUAGAUGUCAGACCCAAAACCAGUCGAAGCAGAAGUGCUGACAGAAAGGAUGGCUAUGUGUGGAGUGGAAAGACGUUGUCCUGGUCAAAAAAGAGAGAGAGCUGCCCUGGUGCGGAGACGGUGAGUGCUGUGGAAAAAACGGAAGCUUCGUUAAGGAGCCAGGAAAGGCAGCACAGCUGUUCAUCCCUGGGGUUGGAUUUAGAUCGUUCCUGUGGGCACAGAUUUUUAGGCCGCUCUCUUAAACAGAAACUGCAAGAUGCUGUGGGGCAGUGUUUUCCGAUUAAGAACUGCAGUGGUAGGCAUUCUUCAGGGCUUCCAGCGAAAAGGAAAAUUCAUAUCAGGGAACUCAUGUUAGAGGAGUGUCCUUUCCCACCCCGAUCAGAUUUAGCCUUUAGGUGGCAUUUUAUUAAACGACACACUGCUCCUAUAAAUCCCAAAUCAGAAGAAUGGGUAAGCACAGGCUUGUCUCAGGGUGAACCGAGAGCCGGGGAGCUAAUACCCAGAAGAGAGGCGGAAGAGGACACAGACUGUCUCUCACAGACCAGCGUUCAGCCUUGUGUGGUAGCCACCAACACUGCCCCGUGUGGGGGUCCCCCACCUGGCUCUGUGAUGAACCUGGUUUCAAAUAACAGUGUAGAAGACAGUGAUAUGGAUUCAGAUGAUGAAAUCAUAACACUUUGCACAAGUUCCAGGAAAAGAAACAAACCCAAAUGGGAACUAGAUGAUGAAAUCCUGCAGUUGGAAACACCUCCCAAGUAUCAUACCCAGAUUGAUUACGUCCACUGUCUUGUUCCAGACCUUCUUCAGAUCAAUAACAAUCCCUGUUACUGGGGAGUUAUGGAUAAAUACGCUGCUGAAGCCCUGCUGGAAGGAAAACCAGAGGGCACCUUUUUAUUAAGAGACUCAGCACAGGAAGACUAUCUAUUCUCCGUUAGUUUUAGACGCUAUAGUCGUUCCCUUCAUGCUAGAAUUGAACAAUGGAAUCACAACUUCAGCUUUGACGCACACGAUCCUUGUGUCUUCCAUUCUCCUGAUAUUACUGGGCUCCUAGAACAUUAUAAGGACCCGAGCGCCUGUAUGUUCUUUGAGCCACUUCUGUCCACCCCAUUAAUCCGGACUUUCCCCUUUUCCCUGCAGCAUAUAUGCAGAACAGUUAUCUGUAACUGCACAACUUACGACGGCAUCAAUGCCCUUCCGAUUCCUUCUUCUAUGAAGUUAUAUCUGAAGGAAUAUCAUUAUAAAUCAAAAGUUAGAGUACUCAGGAUUGAUGCCCCAGAACAACAAUGCUAGGAUACGACAAGGGAGGGGACGUGGCGAUGAUUGUAUACAUGUUUUCAUUGAAGAUUUUUUUAUUAUACCACUUAAUUUUUCUACAAAGGCAGUGGAGUCUAAAAUAAAUCUCUGCCCUAAAUUUUACUUCAAGACCAGGUUAUUUUUUUUUUUAUGAUACAUUGAUUGUUUAAAGUUACACACUAGAGAGUAAUAGUUAUUUUUAACCAGAUACUUGUUUUUUGUUUUUCCAAGUAGAAUAUAUACUUAAACUUUUUAUUUCCUUAAUUUAUAUAUGACCUAGGCAUAUUUGAACUUUGGUAGAUAUUGCCAAUGCAUUUGAAUAUUCUGUGUUUCAUACUUUUCUUUAAAAAAUAAUCUAUGUCCUUUCUUACAUGUAAAAUACUUUGUUAAUAUAUGCCAUCAGUAUUUCUAUAUGUAAAAUACAGUUUCCCCAUCCUCCUUUUUGUUGUUUUAAAUUCUUCAGUAAAGCUGAGAGCUGUAAUUCACCAUACUAAUAUAAUUGACUUCUGUUAACUUACUAAUAGGGAUGUCAAAAGUAACAAAAUGGUUUAAAGUCAAACUUGAUCUGUUUUCAUGUGAAAUAUAAGUAUAAAGCAAGAUGACUAAAUUUGAUUAAUUUGGUCAAUGAGAAUCACAAGAAAACACGACAGUCUGGUGGUGCAUUUUUCCUUCUGUAAUGUGGCAGGGUUAGUUUUCUUGAAAACGUCUUUCAACCUGGAAGAGUUACCAUCUUCAAAACAAAAAUUGUGUUCCAUUCUCACUGGAAGCAUUAAGAACAAUGAUAAAUACCAUUAGUAGCUAGUAGUGACUAAAGCACUAAGGCAACUGUAGGGUUUUUCUGUAUUAACUUAUGAGCUGUUGCUUCUAUUUAGCCCUUUUUAGAAACUUAGAGCCUGCUACUUUGGGGAAAUUCCACAAUUUUAUAAGCAGCCAAUAUCCACUGGUAACCAAAGAGUACUUAAAUCAUUUUUCAUUAUUUUAAGUUGAAUUUAAGUAAAGAUUAAAGAAAUAAACAUGGAAUUCAGUGUUCAGGAAAUUCAAUAUUCUUUUUGAUCUACAAUUUCUUUUUUUUGGCUGGGGCUGGAUUUGAACCCACCACCUCCGGCAUAUGGGACCAGCGCCCUCCUCCUUGAGCCACAGGCACCGCCCUGAUCUACAAUUUCUAAAUAAUUAUUCCUGUCAGAAUUAACUUGAGUCUGUUGUGGUUUGAAAAAAAUGGAAAAGCCUUUUACAGCUAUAUGGCCUGUGCCAUUCAGCACAAGUACGGACAGAAGGGGUAAUAUAUUAAAUUUGCUAUCCCCAAGAACAGGGCAGCUUUUUCAGACACAUCAUUACCCCAUUGUAACUAGUAAAGAUAAAUGGAAUGGUACCCUUAACUUCUUUUUGAAAAGAAUCAAUGAAUAGUAAAUCUAGACAUUGCUCAAUUUUUUUUUUCUGGUGAGUUGUCUACCCCUCUAUACAAAUUGCCAGUUUUUUUCUUUGUCAGUUUCUCACUUUGUUGCCCAGACUAGCUCACAGCAACCUGCAACUCCUGGGCUCAAGCAAUCUUCCUGCCUCAGCUUCCCAAGUAGCUGGGACUAUAGGCACCAGCCACAAUACCUGGCUGAUUCUUCUACCUUUAAUAGAGAAGGAGUCUCGCUCUUGCUCAGCCUGGUCUCAAACUCCUGAGCUCAAGCAAUCCACCUGCCUCAGCCUCCCAGAGUGCUAGGAUUACAGGCGUGAGCCACUGCGCCUGCCCCAAAUGGGCACUUUUUUUUUUUUUUUUUGAGACAGAGUUUCACUUUGUCACCCUCCAUAGAGUGCUAUGGCAUCGUAGCUCACAGCAACCUCCAACUCAAGUGAUUCUCUUGCCUCAGCCUCCCAGUAGCUGGGACUAUAGGUGCCCACCACAACGCCUGGCUAUUUUUUUUAGAGACAGGAUCUCUUGCUAAGGCUGGUCUGGAACCUGUGAGCUCAGGGCAAUCCACCUGCCUUGGCCUCCCAGAGUGCCAAACUGGCAUUUUUAAUGUUAGAGUAGUUGAUGCUAGUUAGGAUGCCCUAACCCUAAUUGAUGCUAGUUUAGCUGUAUUCUACUUGGAUUUAAAGAAAUGUGACUCAUAAAUCCCAAGUUAGAACAAAUGUUAUAUUACCAUUGCUUUUAUGUGAAAGAGCAUCUCCCUGGCUUGCAGUCCUGCUGUAAAGAUGGCAUUUUUCAGUAAUAGCUUCAAAAUAAAUUUUUAGCAAUUAUUACAAAAUUAAAUCAGGAAAUCCCUGUUACCAUUAUCUUCUAAAAAAUUUUUUUCCUCAGUGAUCUCAAGUUGUCUUGGUCUCAACGAGGGUUAGCCAUGAAAAUAGCACCCUCUCAACAGUGACGAGGCUCAGGAUAUCACAACACUAACGUCAGGAUAAGGGUUUCUUCUAAAAAUGAUAAGAGUAUUUACGUUUUACAAAGGCAGAAGUGUCUCGUACUACCUCAUCUUUAUUGUGGCACUUUUGUAGGUCACUGAGCUUAUUGACUUAUAAACCACUUCCUAUAUCCAUAUUUGGUGAAAGAAAAUUAAAUUGGUGUGGUAAGAUUCUACCCAUGAUUAUAGUUUUUUUAUCAAAAUUUGGUAAGACUUUCUGUUUCUGUGAAACAAUUAUUUUAAAUAUUUUUCCUUUAAAACAACUUUUUAUCAAUACAGAAAAACCUAACGAUAAGUAGCUUAUGGAUAUUCUGUUAAAGUGUAGUUUUAUAAAGAAAUAAAAUAUAAUUGUGUUGUCUUUUAUAGUAAAAAUUAGUGUUUAUAUGAAAGUCAAGAUUAAGUAGCUUUUAAUCUAGUUCAGACUAAUUGCUUGAGAUAUAUUUCCUCUGGCUUUUUUAUUUUUUCAACUUUAAGGUUUUAACACCUGUUAGCACUUUGGAAAUACUGCCAUGUGUAGCCUUGAAGUAGAUGAUCUAACAAAUGAGAGCAGGAAAGAGACUCAUUUACUCUGAAAUGAUGUGUAUAUUUCCUUUGGUAUUUGUUAUAAGGAAAAGAAACUUGGAAAGUAGAAAUAUAAAGAUUUGAGAAGGGACUUGUUUACCAGGAAGGUAAAGAAGAGUGAUACCUUUUUUAAAAACAUUAGGAUUGGAAUUUAGAAAGGUUAUCUCCUUUCUGUGUCUUUGUGAGGAUAUACUUGGAAGAACAUACAGUAUUCAGAAGUUAACUCAUAAAAAUAUAUUUACUGCACUGUAAUUAAAAAUGAGUAAAUUUUGAGGGGACAGGGUGGGGAGAUACAAAUGUAUCUAAAUACCAGUUAAGUUUUGUAACUCUUAAAGUUGGACAUUGGGAACAUUUGAAAAGUGCAAAUUCCAGAGUUGGGAAAGCAUUCAGCAUGGUGGACAUGUGUAGGGCUUGUUGUUGAGAGAGGAUGGAGCUAAAAGAAACAAGAUAAAAUAUUAAAAUUAAGAAUUUAGACAUUGCCACAGGGAAAAGCCUUGACAAUGAAAGGGAACUACUUAAUUGCUAAAAGCUAGUCUGGACCAGACACUUAACUGCACUUUGGGAAUUAUCCUGCACUAAUCAGGAAAUUUUCUAUUCUUCUCUAAAGCUUUUCAGGAUAUAACCCCCUCUCCAUUUUUUUUUUAACCUACAGCAUCCUGAUUGAUACUGUAAUUUCUGAGAUACGCUGACAUUUCUUCUUUUGUUGUUCUUUGAGCAUUUUUGUAUGAAGAGUUAUAUGUGAUCUUUCUAAAUAAUCAUGCCAUUCACUUAAAUAAUUCAUAGAGGGAAUGGUUUAAUUUAGGAAGACCUAACAGGAAGAUUAAAGGAAGCUUUUAGCCCGUGGCAGGAUUAUUGAUGUGGUGACCAAACCUGUGCUCUUUCCUGAGUUUCAGCUAAUGGGCCACUGUGGUCAAAGAAUGACUUCCAGUUGGAAUUUUGGUUUCUUAAUUAUAAAGAAUAUAAAGAAUGACUUAGUAAUUAGAAAUAUUUUAAAAAGUAGAACAAAUGUGGCAAAUAAGACUCAUAUCAUUAUACAGAUUCCAUUUCUUUUUAUAAGAAAAACACAUAAGCCAUUAUCAUUUAUUCAUGAGUCAAAACCAUUAAGAAGCUAGAUCAAAUUAUCAGCUUCCUGUCUCUGAAGUUUGGAUCAUUUUAUAGAUCCACAUAAUAGCUUCCUUCCUAUGAAACAAAAACCUUGAGAUCUCACUCUUUAUAAAUAUACUCUUUUUAUUAAAAAGAAAAAAAUAAAAUAUUUGUCAUUUUAACUAUAUCAGAACAAUGAACAGCUUAUAUAUUGAUUUUAGUAGAGUAAAUUUCACAGGAAAUUAGACUUACGUAAUUAUAAGACAUUUUUUGGAGACAAUACAAAACAAUGUCUAAUGUAAAAUAGUCUGUGUAAUGUUAGGUAACUUAAUGCCCAAAUGAAUAGAUUUUUAGUCAAGCAAACUAUUGUUUCUACUUUAGGAGAAAAUAAUCUUUACUGUUUUUAACAAUCAGUUUUACAUUCAUUUUUAUUUCUAAGGAAAGAAAAAAAGUUUUUAUUAAUGGCCUCCUAGAAAUGAGCGGUGCCGCAAGAAUCCACCUAUAUACUAAUCCAAUGCAUUAAGAGAUUGGACACAAAAUGAAGGUAACUUUUUAAAAUGGAUUGUGUUGUAAGUGGAAAUGUAGAUUAAUAGCUAUAACCCAAUAGAAAGAUUCAGAGCACAUGAAUCCUAUUUCAAAUAAAGCCAAAGUCUAAUUUACUUUCAGGCAUCCUCAAACUUUUUAAACAGGGCCAAUUCACUGUCCCUCAGACCGUUGGAGGGCCGGACUAUAGUGUAAAAAAAAAAACUAUGAACAAAUUCCUAUGCACAUUGCACAUAUCUUAUUUUGAAGUAAAAAAACAAAAUGGGAACAAAUACAAUCACACCGCCUCAUGUGACCCCCUGUGGGCCACAAUUUGAGGACCCCUGUAUCUGACUCAUCCUUUGCCUUCAUUUUCUACAAAAUGUAGGUGUUAAUACUUGUCGCCUGAUUUCUGACAGCUAAUUCUUCCAUAAAAGGUGACUCUUGGAGCAUACUUGAAAAUAAUUGCUGUACAGCAUUAAGUAUUAAUUUGUCUUCAAAAUGUCUCCUCAGUGGACCCUGCAUAAUCCCAUUCAUUUCCCUUAGUCUGUAAUAAACUUUCUUGGCUUGAUUUGAUAGUAGAGAUAACAAUGCAAUUUGAAUUUAUGGUUUAGAUUCUGCAAUUAGAUGAACAAUUCCAAUUUCCUCCUACCUUUCAUAUGGUGUAUGUAAAAUUGAUGUUUACCUAUUUUUUUAAAUUGAUUACAUUUGCAGGAAAUAAAGUUAAUCACAUUUACCAGGUUAUAAUCAAAUCUAAGCUUUCAGACCUGACAGCCAUGGUGUAAAACUCAAGUUUACUCAAAUUCUGCUGACUUUGCUAGAAUUGGCUAACUUCUGUAUACAUAAUAAGCCAAGAAUAAAGUUGAUAAAUACUUGAAAAUACAUGGUUUGGUAACUUCACAAGGUUACUCUUCUUCAGGCUUGUCUGAUCCAUCCAUAACCCCAAAAGUAGACUAUUUCCACUUAUAUUUCUAAUCUUUAAGUUGACUGUUUCUUGGAUGUGAACUCAAAUCUAAAUAAAUUUUCAUUUGUUCUUAAUUAAAACUUCAUAUAUAAAAU